UACGAUUUUUCGUCCGGGUGCAACCGGGGGAAAGGAGCAGGAAUAUCGGCACGGUAUCAACGGUGUGAAGUGCUGAGCAAGCAGCAAUCGGAGGUUCCAGUCCUGUAUGUCUAGAUUAUGCCUGAUCCCUGCGACCAGAUGUAUACAUAGCCAUGGCUGCGACGCGCAAGUUGCAAGGUGAAAUCGAUCGGUGUCUCAAGAAAGUCACUGAAGGUGUAGAAACGUUCGAGGAUAUCUGGCAGAAGGUACACAAUGCUACAAACAGUAAUCAAAAGGAAAAAUAUGAAGCCGAUCUCAAGAAGGAAAUCAAGAAGCUGCAGAGGUUACGUGAUCAGAUCAAAUCAUGGAUCGCAUCCGGCGAGAUCAAGGACAAGAGUGCGCUGCUGGAGAAUCGACGGCUCAUAGAGACUCAAAUGGAGCGCUUCAAGGUGGUCGAGCGGGAAACGAAAACGAAAGCAUACUCCAAGGAGGGUCUCGGCGCUGCCCAGAAGAUGGAUCCGGCGCAGCGCGAAAAGGAGGAGAUUAGCAGUUGGCUAACGACGUCGAUUAGCUCGCUGCAGAUACAGAUCGACCAGUUCGAGUGCGAGGUGGAAUCGCUGAUAGCCGGCAAGAAAAAAAAGCUCGACAAGGACAAACAGGAAAAGAUGGACGAGCUGAAGGGCAAGCUGGAGAGGCACAAGUUCCACGUGACAAAGCUGGAAACGUUACUCCGAAUGUUGGACAACGACGGGGUGGAGGUGGAACAGAUCAAAAAGAUCAAAGAAGACGUGGAGUACUACAUCGACUCUUCGCAGGAACCCGAUUUCGAGGAGAAUGAGUACAUCUACGACGAUAUCAUCGGUUUGGACGAGGUGGAAAUGUCCGUGCUCCCGUUGGCAGGCAUAGGUGCACCGGAUAGCAAUAACAGUAACGAAACCGCAGGAUCUCCCAGCAGCUUAAUCUCCGGAACCAGCCCGUCGCAGUCGCCAGUGAUGAACUGCAGUGCGUCCACGAUGCACAAUCACAGUAGCGAUGUGUCCGCCGUUGCCCUCGAUGGCAGUAGCGAUAAGCGACCAAAAGAUGUGAAGAUUACGCCGGUGAAACCAAUGGCGAUUCGGGCAAGUAAGGUGGACAUGAACGUGUUAGCAGUCACUAUCGGAAGUAUUGGUGUGAGUAUCAGCAGUAGCACCACCCUUACGUCCAGUAGCAAGCCGGGUCUAAUAAGUUCAACGCCUAGUAAAAAUCACACGAAUGCAGCAGCAGUGGUGGCGGGAGCGGUAGUACCGAAUAUAACCGGUAUCGUAGCACCCCAGAUGCCGCCAGGUGUUCUCGUUCAACCAAUUAUUGGUCCGGCAUUUGCAGCCGUGGCAAAGCAGCACCCUAGUAAGAUAGAAAACGGUUCCAUACAUCAGUCCAGCGUCACAUCUUCGUCGACAGCGUCGUCGGUUUCGAGUGGUCAGUCGUCGGUAACAGUGGCACCUAACGCAUCCGGUGCGGCCGUUAGUAACCUCAGUCAGAUAGUAAAUGCAUCUCAACCUACGCUUAGUCAGCAACUGCAGCAGGCGCAACAGCAACAGCAGACGAACCUCGCGUCCAGUCUGUUGACGAAUGCGGCGGCUGUAGUGGCAGCUCCAGCCCCUCCGCCCCAACAACAGCAACCGCAGCAACAGCAACUGCCCCAGCAGGUUCCGGGUCAAAAUUCCAUACCACUACCACAUGGUGGCGCGCUCUCGUCAGCGUCCUCCGGCAUCGAGAAUAAUCACAUAAUGACGACCUCAUCUGCGUCAACGAUUAGCAGUAGUGGAGCGAAUAUCAUCAACAAUUGUGUAUCUCCUAGUAACUCGGCUGUCAGCAGCAGGGCAUCUCCCAGCCUAAUGUCUCCGCCCCAGCAGCAACUGUUGAACGGUCCAACAACACUCGGUAAGAAUGCCACCAAUCAUGCUGUAUCAAUGCAUAUAGCAAGCACUCACCCGAUGUCUACAUUGAAAAACAUAGCCCAGGAAGUGAUAAACCGGACCAGCGGAAGUCUAGACGCUAGCCAAUCGCCGGCCGCUAGUGGUGCUCUGGUGCAGCAGCAGCCCUCGCAAGGCGGUGGUCAACCUCAGCAGCCUCAACCUCCGACGGUACCGCAACAACCACAACCCCAACCAGAUACGAGACAACCUGGUGGUCAGUCAGGCCAGCCAAGUCUGCAGCAGCCUGGAGCUCAGCCGCAGCUGCCGCCUCAGCAAACGCAACCACAACAGCAACCACAACAACAACAACAACAGCAGCAGCAGCAACAACAGCAACAACAGCAGCAGCAGCAACAACAGCAGCAGCAGCAACAGCAGCAGCAGCAGCAACAACAACAACAGCAGCAGCAGCAGCAGCCGGCAUUCACCCUGGUCGAUCCGGCGAACAGUGCAAACUCUCUGAUACCUACGUCGUCAUCUACUGCCAUCAGCAACGGGCCGAAUACUAUCAUAAACACUAGCUCUAGUAUAGUUGCAAAUACGGCGAAUCCUAACGUGACAAGCGCCAGUAUGAAAGUGAGCGGAACGAACGAAGCACACAUACCGCCGCUAUUAGGCGUGGCACCGCUUGGGCCAUCGCCGCUGCAGAAAGAACAUCAAAUACAAUUCCAAAUGAUGGAAGCCGCUUACUACCACUUGCCAACGCCAAGUGAUUCCGAAAGGCUAAGAACGUAUUUGCAACGGCAGCCUGUGCAGACACCCCCGCAUUAUCCACAGCAACAACUUCCACAUUCUGACACGGUAGAGUUUUUCCAACGCCUCUCGCCCGAAACGCUGUUCUUUGUGUUUUACUACAUGGAGGGCACCAAGGCGCAAUACCUGGCAGCGAAGGCUCUCAAAAAGCAAAGCUGGCGAUUCCAUACCAAGUACAUGAUGUGGUUCCAACGCCAUGAAGAGCCGAAGAUCAUCAACGAAGAGUUCGAGCAGGGAACCUACAUCUACUUCGACUACGAAAAGUGGGGUCAGCGAAAGAAGGAAGGAUUCACUUUUGAAUACAAGUACUUAGAAGACAGGGACCUGAAUUGAUCUACGAUGAUUGUGGAACUUCUUUUUAAAAAAAUAUUAUUUAAAAAAAAAAUGGAAAACUGAUCAAUAAAAAUCGGAAAAUAUACUGAAA